GGUACAGAGGUUAUGUUAUUACUUUAGUUCUCAAAAUUACCUAUGAAUGUUAUUAUACUGCCUUAUUUUCAAUAUAAUAAAAUAGUGUAAAGAUCAGAGCUGAUAAUAGGGCCUAAUGUUUUCAGUGACAAGUAAGGUAAUGACUAAAUUACGAAUCAAAGAGUUUAUUCUAAGGUUUAAAGCUGAUACUAAUUUAAUGUCAAAUAAGGAUUCAACGAUAAUUUUCCGCUCGUUUUGUAAUAAAUCUGCGUUAAGUAACGAAGAAAAGAAGAAAUGCAUUGAAAGACUUAAAAAGUUUAAAUUUUCACAAAAUCAAGAUUCUGUAAAUUUACAAAAUGCAGCCGUUUUGAUACCAUUAUGUAGUGUAAACGGUGAAGAUUCUCUACUAUACACGUUAAGAAGACAAGAUCUUAAAGUGCACAAAGGACAAGUGUCAUUUCCUGGGGGAAAACAAGAUUCCAAAGAUUUAAGCCUUGAAAUAACUGCUUUGCGUGAAACUGAAGAAGAGCUGGGCAUUAGCCAAUCGUCUGUUGAAGUGUGGGGCCAUGGGAACUCUAUAAUUGGAAGAGAAUUUAAUAUUUUACCUGUUCUUGGGCAUGUUGGAGAAAUCGAUAUUGAAACUUUAAAGCCAAAUCCCUCUGAAGUAGAAUUUGCGUUUACUGUUCCCUUAAAUCAUUUUUAUGAUCUUAAAAACUGCAGGUAUACGCAGUAUCGGAAUGGUGUUGGUUAUAUUCUACCUGUUUAUAUAAAUGCAAAAUGUAAAAUUUGGGGUAUUACUGCUCUAAUAACUCAUUUAGUCUUAAAUGCACUAUCACCAAAACAAUACACACAUAAACUGCAUUUCAUCAAACCAGUAAUUUCGUGACAUAGUUGGAGGAAGUGCUAUUGGCAUUGACACCAAUGUUUUUAUUAAUGUUACAAAUAAUUACUGACCCUAUCUUAUUAAAAAUUUAAACAGUCUAUUUAUCAAAAUUAGAACAUAUGUACUUAAAGAAUCCUAUUUUGUAAAAUAAACCGAUUUCAAACCUA